AUGAAUCGAAUCAAGUCACAAAUUUCACCAAAACACUUGGAUCCAAGUGCUUUAACACUUUCCAUGUACACCACUGAGGAAAUUAAAAAGAUGAGUGAACUAAAAAUUGUCACGCCGUUGACUUUCAAUAUCCUAGGACAUUCAAUAACUGGAGGAGUAUAUGAUUCAAGAUUAGGACCAAUAUCUUUCGAGUCAGAGCCCUGUGGGACUUGCUCAUACACCUUCACGCAAUGCGAGGGGCAUUUUGGUCACAUCGAACUACCAGUACCCGUAAUUAACCCCCUUUUUUACGCGACAAUAUCUUCCCUGCUACGAAUAUCUUGUUCACUAUGUCACACUCUUCAAAUGUCAAGUCUUGACAAACUGGUACUGGAAGGCCGACACCGUAUGAUUUGCAUGGGAUUCUACAGCGAGCUCGAAGAACUAGAGCAAGAAUUAAAAUUCCUAAUUGACGAAAAGAAAACCAAUGGAGUGUUAUCUCUCGGUGAAAUCGUAGCCUUGCGUGAAGUGAUGGACAGAUUCAUCGAAAACCGGCGGCCUAAAUCUUCCUCCAGUGAUCAGGGUCCAACUGUCUUUUCAAAAAACAUAAACUUGCAGUGGAUUCGGUACAUCGACGGUGCCCUGAAAUUAGCCAAAGACAAUCUGCAAAAAAAAUCACACGGCGAAAGUGGUAAGAUGUGCCUUUAUUGCACCAGAAAGCUGCCCAAGAUCAAGGUCACCAAGAAUAAAUUUAUUAUGCAGAUUCUCAGCGAAGAUACAGGAGUCACAAAUUAUGUCAAUGCUCCAGUUACUCCUGACAAGUGCAGAGAGCUUUUACGCAAUCUUUGGAAACAAGAAGAAGUAAUUUUACGGGCUUUGAUUCCAGUGUUAUCAACAGUAAAAACCACAUUCCCCACUGAUAUAUUUUUCCUGGAAGUUGUAAGCGUUAUUCCUCCCAGAGCGCGUCCCAUAAACAAAUUAAAAAAUCAGAUAAUUGAGCACCCUCAAAAUCAAGCUUAUAAAUCUAUUCUGUCUGAUUGUUUGGUGAUAAAGAACAUCAUCAAGGUGGUCCAAGAUGGGGAUACAAGGAAUCUUCCCCAAGAAGGUGUUCAAGUAUACAAAGACGUCCGUGGUACAUCUGCUAUUGAGAAGCUGCACAACGCCUGGCAGAUUUUGCAAGCCAAUGUUGAUCAUCUAAUGGACCGAGAUAUGACUAAAACAAAUGAUUCUGCAAACUGUGAAGGUUUCAAACAGAUUAUUGAAAAGAAAGCAGGAGUAAUUCGUAUGCACAUGAUGGGAAAGCGUGUAAAUUUUGCAGCUCGGUCGGUCAUUACACCAGAUCCUAAUAUUAAUAUUGACGAGAUAGGAAUUCCCGAAGUAUUUGCUAGAAAACUCUCCUACCCAGUGGCGGUAACCCCGUGGAAUGUCACCGAGUUAAGACAGAUGGUAAUCAACGGACCAGAUGUCCAUCCAGGAGCAAUGCUGAUCGAAGGCGGAAAUGGAUGGAUCCAACGGCUUAGUGCUACUGAUCCUAUCCAGAGAAAAGCUAUUGCCAAACGGCUGCUGUCCUCCAACAAGGAUGAUGAUUUGGUUAACUCGAUAAAGAUUGUCCACCGACACUUGCAAAACGGUGACAUUAUGCUGCUGAACCGACAGCCGACUUUGCACAAGCCCAGUAUUAUGGCUCACAAAGCGAGAAUCUUAAAAGGUGAACAAACUUUGAGAUUACAUUACUCUAAUUGCAAGGCUUACAACGCGGAUUUUGACGGUGAUGAAAUGAACGCUCAUUUACCGCAAAAUGAGGUUGGACGGAGUGAAGGGUAUAAUUUAGCAGGGGUUUCUCAUCAGUAUUUGGUACCAAAGGAUGGCACGCCCUUGGGAGGGUUAAUCCAGGACCACGUUAUUGGUGGAGUGCGUUUAACUUUAAGAGGAACUUUUUUGAUCAAGAAUGACUACUUGAAUUUGGUGUAUUCCGCGUUGUCUGACUCGGUGGGCAAAGUAAAGCUGCUACCACCGACGAUACUAAAACCUGUUUAUUUGUGGACGGGAAAGCAGGUCGUGUCUACGGUUAUUAUAAAUUUAAUUCCUCAAGGUAAAGCGCUGAUUAAUCUUAAUUCAAAGAAUAAAAUCAGUCCCCAAGCUUGGAUAAAUCAACCACCCAGAGCGUGGAAGUGCGGAGAACAAUUCAAAGAUGAGAAGACUAUGAGCGAAGCUGAAGUUAUCUUAAGAGGCGGUGAAUUACUUUGUGGGAUAAUUGAAAAAACUCACUAUGGAGCUACGCCUUACGGUCUUAUCCACUGCGUCUAUGAACUUUACGGUGGUGAAUGCUCUAUCAGAAUGCUCAGCUCCUUUGGAAGACUCUUCCAAUACUUUUUGACUCUCAAGGGAUUUACUUUGGGGGUUAAGGACAUUCUGGUUGUUAGCUCUGGGGACAAAAAGCGGGAAAAAGCCAAGUUGGAGGGUCGGUUGGUGGGCCAGCAGGUUCAAAAAGAGGUGCUCGAGCUUCCAGAAGAAAUUCCUUAUGAAGAAAUCAAACAUAAGAUGGACAUUUCAUAUAUUACAAAUCCUAAAUUCCGCGCGCAAGUCGAUCACAAGUACAAAAUUGCGCUCCACCCGGUCACAGAUAGGAUCAAUUCGGUGACCUUGAAGAAUGGCCUGCUGAAGAAGUUUCCUGGGAAUAAUCUGCAGUUUAUGGUUCAAACUGGAGCUAAAGGUUCUGAUGUAAACCGUCUGCAGAUCUCGGGGCUAUGUGGGCAAAUUGAAUUGGAAGGUAAGCGUCCUCCGUUGAACGUAAAUGGUCAAGGGCUUCCUUGUUUUAAAGAAUACGACCCUUCGCCCAGGGCUGGAGGAUACGUCGAUGCAAGAUUCAUGACCGGAAUCCAGCCGCCAGAGUUCUUUUUCCACUGUAUGGCUGGACGAGAAGGUUUGAUUGAUACUGCUGUAAAGACCAGUCGGUCUGGUUAUCUUCAGAGAUGUUUGAUCAAACACCUCGAAGGUCUGGCUGUCCAUUACGACGGCACAAUAAGAGACUCUGAUGGUAGUUUAAUACAAUUUUUGUAUGGAGAAGAUGGUGAAGAUAUUUUAAAGUGUCAGUUUUUGAAUUCAAGCCAGAUGGACUUUUUGGUGGAUAAUAAGAAUGCAAUUCUUGAUAAGAAACUGGUGGUCCAGCUGAAGGAUGAUAAUGAGUAUUCCCAUAUAAUGAAGAGGGUGAAGAAAAUUCGAAAAUGGAGGACUAAGAAUGGCAGUGAGAUAAAACGCGAGCGUACGUCUCCUUUUGCAAGAUUUUCAGCAGAUAAUAUUGAGUCUGUGAGUAAAAAGAACAAAAUAGAUCCUGCUAGUGGACGGAGCAAGGUCACGUUGGCUUUGAUUAAAAAAUGGCAGCAGUGUGAUGAAAAAGAAAAAAAUAAAUAUGAGAAACAGUGUGUCAGAUGUCCUGAGCCGAUUAUUGCUGAGAAAAGACAGGAUUUGGACUAUGGAGUGCUGUCAGAAAGGCUCGAAAGUCUCAUUGAUGAUUACAAAAAGUCUAAAAAUAGUAAAAAGAUAAGCUAUGAGGAUCUCCGUGAUAUGAUGUGUCUGAAGCUGAUGAAAACGUUGUGUCCUGCGGGAGAACCGGUUGGUCUUUUAGCAGCGCAGUCUAUUGGAGAACCUUCAACUCAGAUGACACUGAACACUUUCCAUUUUGCUGGUCGGGGAGACAUGAACGUCACCUUGGGUAUUCCUCGGCUUAGAGAAAUUCUGAUGAUGGCCUCCAGGAACAUAAAGACUCCUAGCAUGGAGAUUCCGUUUUUAAAAGGUCUCAAGAAUGUUGAAAAGGCUGCCAAUCGUGUAAAAGCAAAGCUAACGCGAUGCACCAUGGCGGAUAUUUUGAAAGACAUUCGUAUUGAGCGUGAGAUGGUGCUUAAACCUUCCAGGCGGUUGGAGUACAAAUUUACGGUGGAAUUCUUACAUCGAAAGCAUUAUAAAAAUGACUUUUGCUUGACUGCCAAGGAAGUCUUAGCGAGAUCUGAAGCUUUGUUUGUCAAAGAGUUGGUCAGGCAGAUUAAUAAAGCAGCAAAGAAAACUGGGAUUAAUUUGAUUGAGGACGGCGAUAAGAGAUCUAAGAAAAAGAAAGAGGCGUAUGAUGACUCGGUUCUGGAUGGAAAUCUUGAUGAUGAUGAUGAUGAUGAUAAUGUUAAUGUCAAGCCUAAGUCUCAGAAAAAACAUGAUGGUGAGGCUCACGAGUCUUCUGAUGAAGAAGAUGCUGGUGCUAAUGACGCUGAAACUGCUGAAAUGGCUAAAAAAAAGAAACGUCACACGGAUACGGAGGAGUAUGAGGAGGAUCCAGAAGCUGAUGAAGCUCCUGAGCCAGACGCAGAAGAAAUCUUUAGUGAUGUAGAGGACGAUGCUAUGGAUAAGAAAGACGGAGAGACGGAUGAUGAAAGUGAAAAUGAUGUUCUUACGCCAGAGAUGCUCAAUUCUCGAUUAGAGGCCGCUGAGACUAGGAAAAAUAUAGUUCUUGCUCAGUCAAAUUGGGGACUAGAGUAUAAUUUUGAUGUUACCAAGUAUCACUGGUUUACUUUCAAAUUCUGGCUGCCGCUGGACUUGAUCAAGCUGGACAUGCCGACGAUUCUUCGAGAAACUACUGAGAGAGUCGUCCUGUGGGAGACUCCGGCGAUCAAGCGUGCUUUUACUUUUGAAAACAAUGGGGAAAUUUUUCUUAAGACUGAUGGGCUGAACAUCAUUGAAAUGGCCAAGUACGUCGACAUCCUGGAUCUCAAUCGGCUUUACACCAAUGACAUUUACGGAAUAUCUCAAACUUAUGGAAUUGAAGCCGCAAAUCGCGUUAUUGUUAAAGAAGUCACGGAAGUUUUCAAGAUGUACGGAAUUACGGUGGAUCCCAGGCACUUGUCGCUUAUUGCGGACUACAUGACCUACGAAGGGAGCUACCAACCGCUGAGCCGCAGAGGAAUGGAGUCCUCUGCUUCGCCGCUUCAGCAAAUGACCUUCGAAAGUUCUGUCGCUUUUUUGAAAACGGCUACAGUUAGGGCUAAAACGGAUAACUUGAUGGCACCCUCGGGGAGACUGAUGCUGGGACAACCCUGUAAAUCCGGGACUGGUUGCUUUGAUCUUCUUUUCAAGUUUCCGGCAAAUACAAAUGCUCAUCAAGCAUUUUCUCCUAAAUAA